AUGUCCUCCUCUUGUAUCUCCUCCUCGACGAGCAGCACCCUCAUCUCGAAGCUAGCAGCCCCUCGACAAGCUCUUUCCUUUUUAUAUCCAAUUGACAUUUCAAAGGCUCCCACGAAGCCUUCCCGACGAAAUCAUCUCAGGAAACCUAUACAAAUGAUCUCAAGUACAGUCGGACUAGAAGCAUGGUUUAUUUCCUCACUUGCCAGUGCAGGCCAUUGCCACAAACACACCCCAAAGCCUUUACAACCGGCAACUUUUUUCACUUCUCACAGACCUAACAUAUCUACGAAGGAUCUCCGGUCGACCAAACUCAAUACGCGGGGACGAAAUUAUACAUAUAAUACACAAUCCGUCGUGGACGAAAAGAAGAUUGCGAAUGAGGCAAAUCAGACUCGACAAGAGCUCAUGGAGCUUGUGGAUCAGUACCAUGGAACUUCGUAUACACAUCAAUUACCCGUAAUGGAAUCUCCAGACCUUCACCAGCCAGGUUACGCUCCCCAUUUACCAGUUUCGGAUGAAGAAGAAGAAGAUGAAUGGCCACCCACUCAUGAGGCAUGGCCGGCCGAUGACGAAACGAAAGAAAAGCUCAAACAGCUGGAAUUCGCACUGAAGAAUUUCUACUCCCAUGAGGCGGAAGAUGUAUAUCAAAUCUACCGUGAACUACCAGAACCUCGAAUUCCUUAUUUAGAAACCAAUUUAAGACACAUGUUACUUCGCCACUUGAGUAUCGUAGAAAGGAAGGACGAGCACUCUAUGCUCAGGUACUUCUCCGUCGUCGACGAUAUGAAAUCAACAGCUAUUCCUUUAAGUGUUUCGGAAUGGACAAGUGCCAUUUCUUUUGCUUCCAAAUACGUUGCCAAAGCCACCGAUGUAGAGGUCGAAAGUGCUCUGAAACUGUGGAGGGAAAUGGAGCACAUCGCAGGUGUCAGGGGCAAUUAUGCAACAUUCAAUGUUCUUUAUGAUGUCGCAUGCAAAGCCGGCAAAUUCACUCUUGGCGAAAUGAUUUACAAAGAAAUGAUAGCCAGGGGCCUUGAGUACAACCGAUUUCAUUAUGUCAGCAUGAUAUUUGCUUGUGGUCUAAAAGGCGACGGUGAUGGAGCGCGAGCAGCGUAUCAAUCUUUGGUCAACGCUGGAGAAAUUGUUGAUACCGUUGUUCUUAAUGCAAUGAUCUCAGCUCUUAUCAAUUCAUAUGAGCCCAGUGCUGCGCUAAAUAUCUAUGAGCGAAUGAAAAUCAUGCAUGCGGAGCGUUCGGGCACACAGGAAUGGCACAGGCAUUUCAAAAAUCGCAGAGAAGUCAAGCGCGCGUUGUUACGAAUGGCGUUGGAAUUCAAGCAUGAUCCAGAAGGCCGAGCGAAAGCCCAACAGAGCUCCAUCGUCUGUCCAGAUAUUCAAACGUAUAGGUUACUAGUCAAUCAUUUUGCAGUUACAGAAGGCGAGCUAGACAAAGCGGCUAAGUUUUUAGAAGAAAUGGGCCUUUUCAACGUUCCCUUGCAUGGUGCACUUUUUCUCUCCCUUUUCAAGGGAUUCUGUAUUCAUGGUGGCACUAGAUAUACAAAGUGGACGGGUGCCAGAUUAGAAAGUGUGUGGAAAGCAUAUUUGAAAGCCCUCGACCAAGGUGUAGAAGGUAUUUACAUGUCGACUUGGAUCGUAACGAAUGUGCUCAAGGCUUUCGCGACAUGUUCUAGUCAGGCGAGGGCAACAGAGGUGUGGAGAGAUAUAAGAGGAAGAUGGCAACCAGAUGAGAGGCAGCUAAGUGCCAUUAUGCCGGAUUUAUUUAGGAUUGGUAUACCUGAAAAUGGGUAG